CUACUUUUUAAUCCGUUGCAUCUGCCUAAAUGCACUUUCUUAAGGACAAAUACUUUACAAAAGUCGAUGCAUCAGACUGUUAUCUUUACUUCGGUCUGAUUAUUUUUGUAACUAUCGCGGCGGAUUAGCAGACACGGGCUUGAAAGUACAGAGGAGAGAAAGGGGUUACCCCGAAUACGCAAGAUGAGGAGAGCGAUCUCCUCGGCUCCGGACAAAGUGAUUUUAUCGGGGGUCGGGGGCUCUCCUCUGGAUAACAACAUCAUUUUAACAACUCUCACGGAUCGUUUAAACCCCGGUCAAGCCAACGCGACGUAUAUCCAAAUAAUAACCACCCCGCCGCCUUGCAACGUUACACAGACAUCCACUGUGUGUUUGUCUGAGGCGCAGAUAAACAACAUUUACACAACUCCACAGCAGGCUGCAGCAAACGGAGCCGGACAACGACCCGCUCUGGGGAGACCGCCGGCAAAAAGGCGGUUGGCGCUCGAUGAUUCAGACCACCAGUACCAGUCAGAACCAGCCAGAACUCCAAGAGGCCGAGGAGGGACCGCGGUGGCCAACGGGGCCCGGCUAAAGACACCCAGAAUAGCACCAAAGUCCCCACCAGAGAAGACUCGAUACGACACCUCCCUGGGCUUGUUGACGAAGAAGUUUGUGGACCUUCUUGCUCAGUCUUCUGAUGGCGUCUUGGACCUCAACCUCGCCGCUGAGACCUUACAGGUACAGAAAAGGCGGCUGUAUGAUAUCACCAAUGUGCUAGAAGGCAUUCACCUCAUCAAGAAGAAAUCAAAGAACAACAUUCAGUGGAUGGGCUGCAGUCUGUUGGAGGUAGAAGGGGCACUGAGCCAGAGACAGAAACUAACGGCAGAGGUUUCUGCACUGGGGGAAGAAGAGCAGAGGCUUGAACAACUCAUCCAGAGAUGCAGCUCGGACAUGCGACACAUAAGCGAGUUGCAAAGCAAUCAGAAAAAUGCCUAUGUAACGUACCAAGACAUCAAACAGCUGGGAAACCUCCGAGACCAGACUGUCAUCGUCGUCAAAGCGCCCACAGACACCAAACUAGAAGUACCAGACCCGGAUGAGUGUUUGUCAAUCCAUCUGACCAGCACCAAAGGUCCUAUUGAAGUCCUGCUUUGUCCAGAUGAGGAGAAUGACCCCAGGAGUCCUGUAAAAGACAGCAGCACGGACAUCAAUGGGAACUCACCUUUCCUCAAAGUCCUUCAAGGUCCCACUUGCUCGUCCACUUCUGCCAUCUCCUCCCUGGCUCCACCUUCUUCUUCCUCAGCCGUCUCCGUCACCACCCUCUCCCCAAUCUCGUCCCCUUACACUAGUCUGCUCCAGCAAACAGAAGACCAGAUCCCUUCAGCCUUGGGGCCUUUCUUAAACCUUGGGCCUCCUCUUCUGGACCAAGAUGACUACCUUUUAGGUUUGGGAGAUGACCAGGGAAUCAGCGACUUGUUUGACGCCUGUGACUUUGAUAAAAUGCCCUCCCUUGGCCUGGAUGACCUCUUGUGCAGCUAACAUUGGGUAACAGAAAUUCAUAGGGAAGGAGGGAGAGAGACUUAGUGAGGGUUUUAAUGCCGGUGCCUGACUGUAUUUAGUGGAAACCAAUUCUAAAUGGAUGGAAAUGAAUUGCUGUGGGCUAAAUGCCAUGUUCUUUCAUGGUGUGAGGGAUAAAUGGCGUGCAGGAUUUCACUCAAAAGACACGACUGGUCAGUGUAGAGACAUAUCCACUGCUCUUUGUCUCCGGCUAUGUAAGGCCUUGAGUGUAGCUGGGAGACAUCCUAAAGCUGUUUUUUGUUCACUAUACACUUGGAGGGGAAGGCUAUACACUUCUGUGUAUGACGCAAGGAACAGCUCGAAGGAAAACGCCCCACGCACCACCUGGCAUUAAUGCACAUCGUGGGUGAGCACACGUGUGAUGGCAACUGAGACGCACAGAUAUGAUAGCCAAAAACCAUCCGUAGAAUGCUCAAGGGAAGGGAUGGAAAACCAUUCACUGAAUAAUCUCGAAGGAUCCUGCAAAUAUUUAACACACAAGAAAGGCUAAAUUGUGAAUGUAAACAUUAAAGGCAGUGUUGAUAAUCUUUAGGAGGAUUUUUGAAAUAUAUAUUUUUAAAGUUCCUAAUACAUCCUGAGAGCCAUCCAUGAAUGAAAUGCUCUGGCAGAAAAUAAAAAUAAUCUGGUAUCAGUCGCUGUCGCAGGACUGUAAUAAGCACGUUCACUUGUUUCAUUCGGCCCUGAAUGCAGUGAUUGGUUGCCUGUCUCCCUGCCUGCCUGAGAGUAUUCUGCCCGGGCCCUUAUUGCUCGACUGCAGUCUUCCACAAGCUGCGAGUACCAACGAUAGCCAUAUCCUGUUGUUUCGGCUCAUUUUUCUAUGUUUACAUUCAUAAUAAGAGUGACUUUGGAAGAAGCAACAGGGUGUCAGCGCUGGGUACUUGGCAAUUUUCUUGAUAGAUUUAUUCACUUUUCAAAACUAGUGCUGCGAGAUACUUUUAUUGAAAAUGAGUUGGCCAGUGGGCUAGGUGAGGUAACUUUUAUACACUUGCGUACUCUUGCUAUUUUCAUAAGAUUAUUAACCCUGCCUUUAAUAUUUUUACUGAAUUAGUUUUUUCUAAAAAUCUUUCGCAUCAAAGCAAUUGUGGAAUCAAAUUACGACCGUGUGAAUCAGAAUCGAAUCAAUUUGGGAAAUUAGUGGCGAUACCCAGCACCUCAUAAAUAUCUACGAGACAGAUCGACAUGGUCUUUUCGUUGCCCUGUGAUGCAUUCACUUGACAGAUGUCAAAGUUCACCCAGAUGUGUUGAUGCCAAGUGUUUUGGGGGAUAACUAAUGCCUUCUUAUCCAUUAAUGAUCUGAUAUAGGGCUCAUGCUGCUGACUGGUAAAUAGGCAUUUUGCGUGUGGGACAUUGUAUGCAUUUGAAUUCAUUAGUUUAAAAACUACGCAGUUUUGAUACACGGCAGUCUCAACUAAAGCAGUUGUUAUCCUCUGAUUAAGUUAGGUUUUGGUCACCUGUUCUUGUCUCUGCCUGCUCAGACACUUGUUUGGCAUUUGGACCUAUAAUUCUAAAGUUACUAAAGGAUGAGAACUUUGUCCAUUUAAGCACUGUUUAGAUGUAUUGAGAGCUGCAAGAAGUUCAAUUACGGUUUCUGAGUACAUAGGACAUUGUUACCCAACUUGAUGAUGACAAUGCAACUAAUAGGAGUGUGUAGUCUAAAAGGAGACUGUUGUACACUAGUUUUACAUGUACAAAAUACUUACAAUAUGCCUUAAGGCUAAUAAUUCAUUAGAUCCCCUUGCACACAACUUGUCUCUCGUGCUAUAUCCUCCGUAUUUAAAAGGAUUUAGUAGGUGAGUUUAAUAAGGGAUCUUUGUUAGCUGUUCACCUGAUCAGCCUGUUGUCAACUGUUCAUGUGGGCAACCUCAUAUUUUGUAAUUAAAUUUACAGUUUGAUGCAUACAAACAUGUUCAACAUGGGAACAGAGAUUCAGAUGUUUAACUUUCCAUGACCCAUGUGCGAACGGCAGAAUGAAAGCCAUCAUACCUGGGCAGUGUGGGUUAAGCAAAACCAACUGAUGUACUUGUAUACGCCUCGCACGUUGGCACACAUGAUAUGCAAACUCUGAUAUCAUCUAACUCGUACCUUUAUUGAUACUUUGUGAAAUCAGGACACAAACUUCCCCUUUCUUGCUGCUUGUCCCUUCAUCUUCAUCAGCAGAAGCUGCCAUAACCAAACAUACCCUAAUGCCUCCUCACUUGGACUAUGUGCUGUGAAAUUCUACUGUGGUUUGAUUGGUAAAAUUUAACUUUGAACCACUUAUCAAUGCACGCUGCCUACUCUGUGUGUCCUGGAAGCAGUGUGGGAGAGAGGAAUGUAUUUGUCUUUUUAGUUUUAAUAAGUGUUGACUUUUUAAUAGAUUUUUAAUACUGUAGAAAUAACUAAUGCUAUCCAGGUCAUCUAAGCAACAAGUGGCCAGGGCCCACUAAUUUAGGCUUCAAUAUGUAAUGAAAGGCCCAUAACAUUAUAUUUACAAAAACAUGGAGGAAAAGAAAAAGAAAAAAAGAAGAAGUACUAAUAGACCCCGUUUUUUAAAUUGUGCAAAUGCAGUGCAACACGCCAUGUUUGAGUGUUGGCUUGGUCCUACGGUUGUGUUGGGCGGCUGAGUCUUCAACAGCGGUUGAACCAGAAAAGCCAGCGAGAGGACUUGCUCACUGAGGAUCUGACGGGAUUUGUUUUUGUUGUGGUGUUUGGAACACCAUUGCAGUUAACUUCUCGUGUUUGAUGACAUCCCUUAUAAUAACGGAAUGCAAACAUCUCGUCUGAAACCCUGGCUUUCAAUCUAGAGAAACCUGCGGCUGCGGGUAAUAUUGCUGCUGUUAGUGUAAACUCCCCUUGACUUGAUUGAUGUGCCCUUGAGUAAUUGCAUGUGUGAGUAAUGUGAAAGAAUAGCCUGCCAUGUGUAAAUUCAUGUACAGUUUUCAAAAAAUGUCAGUGCACAAGGUACUGGAGGCUACCUCUCACUUAAUGUUGGACUAUAGUAAUAGGGCAGAGAAGUAAAUGCCAUAGUGUGUGUGUGAGUCUUUGAAUUCCCCUUUUUCAUAGAAAUUCCCCGUGCGUUAUUUAGAUGUGAUGUUGGAUAUUACAUCGCACCUUUUCUUUUUCGAUAUGUGAGAUUUCACUCGUACCCUGAUUCAAUGAGUAUGCCUUUGCUCUCAAACCGGUCUCAUACUGUUGCAUCUUAAAUUUGAAUAUAGGGGUGCACAUUCAAUCGGUAGAAAAGUGGAAUCUCUUGUUUUCAAAUUUUUUCCCCCAUAAGUUAUUUACGUCUUGGUUUCAUCUCUUAGACACAAACAUGUGUACAUAUUCAAUGAUGCAUUCAUGUACUCAUUCUCUCGCAGUUGGCCUGUCUGCGCUUUACCGGCCAUUAGGAGACAUUGCCAUGGCUAUAUACACCACUGAAUCAUUAUCAGUGACUUGUGUCCUCUGCUAAAGUGUGUGAGGGGUUUGCUUCUGUGACACCGUGUGUCCGUUUUAUUUUUGGAAUGAUGAGAGGGAGUCUGACAAUUUUUUUUUCAUGGAGAGUAUUGCCUGUUGAAACAACUACGCAAAAUCAAAAAACAAUCAUUAACAUGAACCUCACCCAUUCAGUUGAGGAUGAAAUACAGUUUCUUAGUCAGCAUAGAGCUUAAUUAGUGCUAUCAUAAGUUAAUGUACAAGUUGACUUAAAUGCACAUAAAUGCUCUGAUUGAUAACACAAUUCCUAUAGGCAUAUUUAUAUACAUUUAUUUUAUAUGUAUUUAUGGAGAGAAUCAAGCUCUAUUUUCCCCAUUUGGUGCACAAAUGUGCUAUUUACAAAGGUAAUUAUAUUUUCCUCCAUCUAUUUCAAGUGGCCAGAAUCUGGUCCAAAUAUUUUAUCCACUUUUACAUGAUGGAAACAUGAUUUUUUGAGAAGAUUGUACCUUUCCAUGGGUUUCUAUUGGAAUGUUAAAGAUUUUAAUGCACCGCUGAAGCUUGUGUCAUUGCCGGUGAGUCUGACAAAUAUAUAAGGGGUGACAUGAAAUUACAGCUCCAUCAUUUCUAAUGUGUGAUUCAUGGAAUUUGACCUUACAUAAUCGCUUCAUUAGGCUAAAUGUGGCGUUAACUGUAGUGAAGAUUGAAACAGCACUGUUGUACCUGCUAUUUGCCUAUGGUUAUUCUCAAGCUGUUACCAAAUACAAUAUACUGAUCGGUAAAUAGUCUGUAUAGGUUGAUGUGAAAUGGUAACCAUUUCAUAGGAAAGAAUGGAUUGUAAAAUGAUAUUGCUGCCUGUUUCCACUAAUUACAGAAAAAUGUAUCACAACGAAAUUUGAAUGCAUGGGUGAAAGUAUCAGUGUGCUGUUGAAUGUUGAAGGUCAUAUUUGUUGUCUUCGAUGUAUGUUAUACACGUUUCUUUAAUCUGUCAAAUGAAGAAGUUUAGUUGUUUUUGUUUGGGGGGAGGGAGGGAGGGGGGGGAGGAUACAUGGAUUUGUUUUUGUACUCUGGGUGUUUGUAAUUGAACAUUUGAAUAAAGGCAGUAUGAUUAUGGAAAUGUGUUUA